AUGAGCACACCUGGAGCAUUGGGAAUGGGGCCAGAUCUACCUGUGGAGCGCUGGGUGCUGGCCGGGGCUGCUGCUGGGGAGAAUCGGCUGGUCAGGGGCUGGUUUUCUUCAUCAAAUGGACCUGCAAAAGUGAAGCAGCCCAGCUCUGCCACCUGGCAACGUGUGAGCGUCCAGCUGAUCCAGAAUGGCAGGAAAAUAAUGGCCCUUAUUCCCAACAGUGGGAGCCUGAACUUCAUUGAGGCCUUUGAGAGAGGCCUCAAGAAGGAGGCAGCGCUGAGCGGAGGAGUGGAAGCUAAACAGCCCAACUCUGCUAUCAGGAAAUGUGUCAGAGUCCAGCUGAUUAAGAACGGCAAGAAAAUAACAGCUUUCGUUCCCAACGAUGGCUGCCUGAACUUCAUUGAGGAGAACGAUGAAGUCCUGGUGGCUGGUUUCGGUCGGAAGGGUCAUGCUGUUGGUGACAUCCCUGGAGUUCGCUUCAAGGUUGUCAAAGUAGCCAAUGUCUCUCUGCUGGCUUUGUACAAGGGCAAGAAGGAGAGACCAAGAUCAUAAAUUUAGGACAAUUUCCCAACACAGUCAAUAAAAUCUCGGAUUGGAAA